UGCCAAGUCGUUCCAGUUUGGGAGCUCCGGCAACAGAUGGUGGUAGCGGCAACGGCUACCUACGGCAGUAGUCUGGUAGUGUGGAGACUCAAAUGGGGGUGUCCGGAAUAGUUAGUAGAAUUGGUUGUCUAAUGGGGGACCGGGAAAAGGCUUUGCCAGUCCAACUCCACUGAUAGUUUCUCGCUUGCUCUCUUGGAUUUUUUGAGGUUUUUUGUUUCUUUGUUUUUCAGAGAAGGCCGCAAAAGCCUCGAGCUGGAUUUGCCGAUACGCUGAGCUCAGUUGCAAGAGGAGAUCUCUGGGAUUGCUCGGAAAGUCUCAUAAAAUGUGUCUCCCGCAGUUUGACAUUUUGAAGUCGUGACGCAUUCACUUUCUGGACACAGCUGUGUUUGCAUGGUACCAAAAGGUGGAACUGAUGAGGAACAGCGAAAAGUUACCGAGGCAGGCUAACUAGUUAGCUAACAUGCUAUAAUGCUAGUUGACUACUUAGCAGCGAAACUCUGGCAUGUUGAAUGAAUGAAUGAAUGGACGGAUCACCUGUAUUAAACUGACAGCGGCUUGUUGUUAGGGCAAAAACACAUCGAUUGUUACAUACUUCCACUCUGAUUUUCCACAAAAAGGUGAGCCCUUUGAUUAUUUGGUUUUCGGUUGUUGCACUACUUAGCCACAAAUGGACAGGAAUGCAGUUUCAGGGAGUUGGAGGAGAGCGGCGUUUUAGCACGCAAAGAUAAUGUCCUUGCACUGACUGAAGCCUGGUAAUGCUUAUGAGGCCGAGGGGAGCUAACCUCAGCUAGCCACAGAUAUUUGCACUACUUGGAUUUGGCUGCAAUAGUGUGAAGCUUCCGCGCAGUUUGGAAUGGGGAAUACGGUGUCAUGCUGUGUGUCUCCCGAGUCGAGCCCCAAACUACCGUCGAGACUGCCGGCAGAGCGGCUGGAGGAGUUCCAGACCAGCACCGAAGUGAGCGACGACAACACUGUACCCUACCUGCAGCACAUAAGCGACAGAGAGGUCCCUGACGAGCUGGCCUUGGAGUCUAAUCCAUCGGACCACGCCCGUGCAAGCACCAUCUUCCUUAGCAAGUCCCAGACAGAUGUACGAGACAAGAGGAAAAGUAACCACAUAAACCAUGUCGGUCAUGUAUCUCCUGGUCCACUGUCAAAGAAAUACAGCUCCUGUUCAACCAUCUUCAUAGACGACAGCACCGUGAGCCAGCCAAACCUCAAAAGCACAAUCAAAUGUGUCACUUUAGCAAUAUACUACCACAUCAAAAACAGGGACUCAGACAGGUCACUGGACAUCUUUGAUGAGAAGUUGCACCCCUUGUCGAGAGAGCCAGUGCCUGAUGACUACGCAUAUGUAGACCCAGAACACAAACUGAUCUACCGCUUUGUCAGAACGCUCUUCAGUGCUGCACAGCUCACUGCAGAAUGUGCCAUCGUCACACUUGUAUACUUGGAGCGCUUGCUGACCUACGCUGAGCUGGAUAUCUGCCCUGCCAACUGGAAGCGCAUUGUCCUGGGAGCCAUCUUGUUGGCUUCUAAAGUCUGGGAUGACCAAGCUGUGUGGAAUGUCGACUACUGCCAGAUCCUAAAAGACAUCACUGUGGAGGACAUGAAUGAGAUGGAGCGACACUUCCUGGAACUUCUGCAGUUUAACAUCAACGUGCCAGCCAGCGUCUAUGCCAAGUACUACUUUGACCUGCGACAGCUGGCUGACGACAACAACCUCAGCUUCCCUCUGGAGCCCCUCAACAACCAGCGUGCCCAGAAACUAGAGGCCAUUUCCAGACUAUGUGAAGACAAGUACAAGGACCUGAGUCGGGCGGCGAUGAGACGAUCUCUCAGCGCCGACAACCUGAUAGGUCCAUCACUUCUGAGAGAACGCAUUUAGCCGGAAGGAUGGAGUUCAUCUUUCUGGGAUACACUUUGGAUUGUAUUUGAUUUUUUUUUUUUUUUUUUUCUACAAAAAUGUUUGAUUUACUCCAUGCAGCCUUAAAGGAUGAGGAGGGUGCUGUAUUAUAUUUGUUGUUACUGUCACCAAAUCCCAUGAAAAGAUGAAGAUUUAAAUCUUUAAAAUGGCACAACAUGCCUGAGUGCUUUAAUGUUGGCUGAUCUUUUUCUUGGAUUCGUUAAUAGUAUAAAAAUAUAAAAUAUCACCAGAUGUAUCCUUUUGAUGAGCACUAAAAAUGGCAAAAUAUUCUUUCUUGUAAAUUAGAUUCAUACCAGAGGUUGCUGUGGAGCCUGUAACUCAGAUGUGUAUUGUCAGUAUGUUUUGAGUAUAUUUUGUGUCCAUCUGGACUCAGCCAAUACACCAUGUCUCAUAUUACAUGGAGCUGUUAUUACUCUGUGGGAGCUGGCUGACAUCCCUUCAGUCAGCUGUUUUGUAUCAGGAAAUCAGGAGUGCCAUUUGCGAUCGGGUGUUAAGUUAUGUAUACCACUGGUGAUCAAACGGGGCUGUUUACUGACUCUGGAUCAGUACUGCAAAUUAAUUGCUCCAUUUAGCUGUUGGGUUGACAUGUGGGUGGUCGUCAAUACAGUCCAGUCCCAGUAUUAAGCUUCUCAGAUCCUACCAUCCUAACCUUGUCUUUAAGAGCCCCCCCACCCCUGUCCCCCCACACCAGUGUUGUUCUUGUCCUAGGACCCAGCCACCCCGAGGUUUUGAACACACUACAUAGAUACUGAGGGGGAGGAAAAAAAACUGAUGGGCACUCCCCUCCUUUUUUGCUUACUAUGUAGGCUUCUAGCUGUGAAGUUUGUCUUGUUUUUAAUUGAGAAAAAAAAAAUUGCAGAUGGAGUAUUUUAAAUAA